UACACAGCUAGGAUGGGCUCUGUCUGGGGCCUGGCUCUGCUCCUUCUUUUCUUCUGCUGGGAGGCUGGAGGCUCACAGAGCUCUGCAGGCCCUAGCACCCGUGGAUCAAUCCCUUUGGUGACAACAAAUAAUACAGAAGUGACUGCCAUGACUCAAGGUUUCCAGACAAGUUCAGAGAGAGCCCUCCGCACCACUGACCUUCAUGAGCUCUUCAGGAGCUAUGUUUCUUUGCAAACUCAAACCCUGAGCUCUCCAACCAUUUCUAAGACUUUAAUCACAACAAAUAAUAGAUCAGGAGCCAAGAGCAUGGAGACCAGGACCAUUUCCCCCUCAGCAGGGGUCAAAGAGACCCCCACCAUUUCACCCCUACAAGAGAACAGGACCCUCUCAAAGAUUAUGGCUCCUAUGACUAUGGCUGUGACGACCACUUCUAAGGAGACUCUGGACCCACGUGGCAGCCCCACAGGGCGUGGAACACACCCUGGGACUGGUACAAGCAGAGAUCCCAUGCAAGCCAUCUUUGCUAACCCUUGUAGCUCUGACAGCUCUGAAGAGGCAAACUGGAUCAAAGGUGACAUCUCAACAAGGGCAGACACACCAACAAAAGCUGAGAGCCUGUCCUCAGAGAGCAGCUCCUCUUCUGACAGCUCAGUGUCUGUCCUCAGCCCUUCACAGGAUCUGGCACCUGGGAUCUUGACUCAAGCCAAGGCCUUAGCUGCCUACAGGAUCACUCACAUCGAGUUUAACAAUUGUAGCAUCACCAAAAUAGAGACAGCUGCCAUCAUCUCUGAGACCUCAGACAUAGGCCCCAGGCCCACAGAGGGAGAGAUGGCCUUGUCCACAAUAGAGUCACCAGCUUUGCCCCUCUCUCCCCAGGCAAAACCAUACAUCCCCAACACCACAGCCUUUGUCCAGGCCUUGUCAUCAGCCAGCGCCUCAGCAGCAGCUGUCCUGGAUGCAGCCACGGUCUCUAACCCCAGGGGAACUUGGGUGACAGUCACCAGGAAGCCUUUGGAAGAAACGUCGGCGCUGUCCUUUGAGACAUCAAGCCACACUGAGGUCCCAGGAGCACUUCCAGUCUCCAAGGUGGCUGGAUCAACAGGGGCCAAGGGGCCUUCCUUUGCUGUUUCCUCAGCUUCAGUCUACAGCUCUUCAGACCAAGCCACUACCAAGGACUCCAGCCCUUCAGAGACGUGGAGUAUAGCCAGUGCAGCCAACAAGGCCUUCCCCACCAGGAGAAACCCUCCUUCUUCUGUCCAUCCAGCUACAGCCAGCGCCAGCUCUCUUCCUUCUGUCCAUCCAGCUACAACUGCCAGCAGCCAAACACCAAGUCUGACAUCAGAGGGAGCCUUCCAUGAGUCCUUGGUGCCAAGCUGGGAUCCUUUCCAUGCCCAAACCCCGAGCACUGCCACCACUCCCAAGACCAUAAUCACAGCAGGCAGUGUAUCAGAAGUGGACAGCCGGGAGUCGCACACCACAUCCCCCACACCAGGAACCACGGAGACCCCCACCAAUUCCCCUGCAGUGGAGACCUUGGGGACUCUGGCUACAUCCCCUGAAGCAGAGACCCAAGCCAGCUCCUCCACAUCAGAAACCACGGAAACCCCCCACAUUUCCCCUGCAGCGGAGACUUUGGGAACCUUGACCAUUUCCCCUGACACAGAGCCUUUGAGGACCCAGUCCAUUCUCUCUUCUACAACAGAGAUCAUGGAAACCCCAACCAUAUCCACAGUAACAGAGCCCACGGAGACCCUAAGCACUUACCCUGUAGUAGAGACCAAGGAGAUCGGGACAGUUUCUUCUGCACUAGGACUUGAGGGGACCCUGACCAUUGCCCCUGCAGCAGAGACCAUGGAGACCCCAACAAGUUUUUCUGCUGCAACGGUGGAGACUCAUUUCACAAACACUAUAUCUCCCAUCAUUACCCCACCAUACCCCAGCAGACCUGGAACAUGCUCAUUUGUCUCAGACACAACUGCCAUCCAGAACUCCAGCCCCUCAGAGUCUUCUUUCACAGACAGUAUAACCAAUGGGUCCUUUCCCACCGGCAGAAGCCUUCUCCCUUCUAUCCAUCCUACUACAGCCAGUGGGAGCCCUCUCCCUUCUGACCACCUGAUUACAGCCACCAGCAGUCAAGAAACAAUCACCACCUUUGUCAAGACCACAGCCUCACCAAUGACCCCAAUGAGGCCCCUGACAUCAACACCUGCCACUUUUUGGUCAAGGCAGACCAUAGGAGUUACUGCAGGUGGAGAUGGAGGUUUCCUCCUUGUGCGACUGGGCGUGGCCUCCCCAGAAGACCUCACUGAGCCCGGCGUGGCAGAGAAGCUGAUGGAACAGCUCCACUGUGAAUUGCUAGCCCACAAGCUGCUUGUCCAAUUCUCCUUACUGCGUGUCAAGAGGAGCUAAAGAAUACCAGCUGCAGCCAAGUACAACCAUGGGCCAAAGAGGAUCAGUGUUGCCUAUGGUCUGGGCUCCUUCCAAUAGGCAGAAGCCACAUUACUGUACUGAGAUUGAUCUAGAAGUUCCCAUGAAGCUCAGCUGGCCCAAGCCCCUUACUCCAGAUGUGGCCACUGAUCCCUGGCUCACUUAUAUCUGAUUAUAUGUGUGUUGGGAGGGGGCUACCCUGUUUCCAGAGGUGUCCUUCACUUCUUCUGGUGUUUGGAUGUUUCAGUAAAG